CUCAAAGUUCCCCUCAUUCCCACCUACUUUAAUAGACAGGUCCUCUAGGUGUAUACUCAUCUCGUCAGAUAAAUCGAUGUUUCAUCGACCAUCAUUUCAGUUACCCGUCUUAGUUCAUUGCAUCGGCUACUGGGCUUAGUUUUAUUGCAGACAUGGAAGCGGCAGACUAUGUUGUCGUCGGUGGCGGUACGGCAGCCCUGGUUGUUGCCUGCCGACUGUCGGAGAACCCAGAGACGCGCAUCAUUGUACUAGAGCGCGGUGAAGAUGUAUCGAAUGAUGCUCGCGUUCAGAAUCCACUUGUGUACGAGGCUCUGGCGGGCAGCGAGAUGGAUUGGAACCUUAAGGUGGCUCCGCAGGCUGGGCUGAACGGUCGAGAAUUCAGCCAACCGGCGGGGAAGACCCUGGGUGGGUCUUCCGUAAUCAAUGGUUGCGUCUUCCUGCCCCCGGCUGCGGCGGUUCUCAACGCCUGGGAGUCGCUGGGCAAUCCGGGCUGGAACUGGGAAACGCUAGCACCCUAUUUUCAACGGGCUUAUACUUUGCAUCCAAGGACCGGGGGCCCCCGGCCUAAUACACCUGGCCCAAUCCAAGUAAGCUACCCAGUGUCUACGGAGAGGGCCGACACUACUCUGCUCCACGCAUGGAAGGAAACAUUCAAGGAACACGGCUAUGAUUACGCCGACGAACUGGUGUCAGAAGGGGCAACCAUCGGUACUCGGCCAUAUACUGCGACCAUCGAUCCAGUAUCCGGACAUCGCAGCAGCGCAGCGAGUGGAUAUGGCGCCAUUCUUGCUUCUCGUACUAACGUUCGCAUUGUCACCGGUGCCACUGUAACUCGUAUCCUAUUCGACUCGUCUGCGCCGAAUGGCAAUCCAACUGCCACGGGAGUGGAGGUCCAGACUGAAGCCCGGGGGACCGUCCUCUUCAAACCCACCAAAGAGGUGAUUAUGGCCGCAGGCGUGUUCAAUAACCCUAAGAUCCUCGAAUUGUCGGGGAUUGGGGACCAAGCUCGACUCCAAAAGCUCGGCAUUUCACCACUCGUCCACCUGCCCGGGGUAGGAGAGAACCUGACGAAUCAUGCCAUGAGUGUCCUGACGGCCCCGGUGAAGACGCAUGCGGACAUCCAGGAUAUCGCCCCGGGGAUGAAAGCCAACGCCCUCAUCCGCCUUGCGCCCGCAGAAAUGCAAAAGAUUCUCGAUCAGGCCGGCGAGAGCCCAUACCACACGGCUAUUGCGGGCAUCCUGAAUAGCCCCAACGAGGCGUCCGCCUGCGUACACUUCGCCAUCUACCCCGGUAAUCUCGCUGUUAUAGGCCUUUUCCCCUCCUUCCCUUUCUCCAGGGGUAGCAUCCAUAUCCAGUCAGCAGACCCAGCUAGCAGUCCCCAGAUUGAUCCACAGUACCUGACCAACCCAUCCGACCUCGAUUCCAUGGUCCGGCACGUUCAACACUUGCAGGCAAUUCUACACUCCGCCAAUUUCCAGCCCUUCGUCGAUAUGCCGCCGCCCCAGGACCGAGAGACGCUGGCCCAGCUAAUGCGCGAUGCCAUGGUUAUCCCAACGGCCCAUCCGUGCGGUACCAGUGCGAUGCUGCCGCGCGAGAAAGGUGGCGUGGUCGCGCCGGAUCUGAAAGUCUACGGUGUCAACAAUGUUCGAGUGGUCGAUGCAAGCGUUUUCCCCAUCAUUCCGCAGGCGAAUCCCAUUAGCACGGUGUAUACGGUAGCUGAACGGGCCGCAGAUUUGAUCCGAGCGCCGUGAUCAGCCCAUGUUGUGCUUUUCCUCUCCAUUCGGUUUUGGUAUGUUUGUAGUCCUGAUUGGGAAGGGGAGAGUAGACUAGUUGUUUACGUUUGAUAAUAAAAUGAUUCAAAG